AUACCGGAGGCUCUACAAAUGCCUUAUAGAGGAAGAAAAGGAAUUCCUACAUUUAAUGUAUUAGCUGCAUGUGAUUUUGAUAUGUGUUUCACGUUUGUAUCAGCGGGUUGGGAAGGUUCCGCGCAUGAUACUCGUGUAUUUCUUCAUGCAAUUGAAUCUCCAGCUUUUAAGUUUCCUAAACUGCCUGAAGGUAAGUACUAUUUGGCCGACAAAGGGUAUCCAGAUCGAAAAGGUUAUCUUGUACCAUAUCCGAAGACAAGAUACCAUAAGUCACAAUUUGAAAACGAGCCUCCAAAAAAUGAGCGUGAAACUUUUAAUCGUUGGCACUCAUCUCUUCGAAGUUGCAUUGAGAGAUGUUUCGGAGUUUUGAAGCAAAGGUGGAAGAUACUAAGAAGUAUGCCACAAUUUAGCAUUGAGACACAAAUACGGAUUGUGGUUGCAACAUUUGCACUACAUAACUACAUUCGAAUAAAUUCUCCAGAAGAUCCCCUUUUUCGAGUGUUAGAGGAUUAUCCUAAUUUUAUACCAUCAUGUGAGCUUCCUGAUGUCCGUGUUACUCCCCAAGGUCAAAAUUGCACAGAAAGUUGCACUGAAAUGAAAAUCAUUCGUGACAAAAUAGUAGCUGCUUUAUGGAAGGCGAGAAAUGAGAGACGUCGAUUAUUAUAAGAAACACCAGUAGUCUC